CCACAAGGGCGCCACCUAUCGGCCAUCAUCAUAUCUCCGCUCUGCCGUCGCCCCGCCCGCUCCAGAUACGAGAGUGACGUAUAGGCCUAUUUUUAUAAGGGACCCACCCACUUUUGUCUUAUUUAAAAGGAAGAUGGAAAACCGUUCACAAGAACAGCCAUGGAGGUUGAGAGUUCUAAUGGAGCCACGUGGAUUUAUCAAGAUCCUGGAAUUUAUUCUUGCUGUUUGUAUGUUUGCUACCACAGCAGGUUAUGGUGAUGAAUUGCGGUAUACCAUCACCUGUAAUAACACUGGUGGGCCACAAAAUAAAAAGUUCAAAAUCGCUUAUCCUUUUGAACUCAACAAAGUUCUUGUACCUGGAGGUUGUACAAUGGGUGACUACUACCUUGGUGGUGAUGCUUCUGGAGCUGCUAAGUUCUUCGUAUGUAUAGGUGUACUUGCCUUUCUCUAUGUUAUUGGUAUCACCGCUUGGUAUGUCUUUUUGGAACACAAGCAUCUCAAUUGGGAUAUGGUUCCAAUGGCCGUAAGUUAUUCAAAUUGUUUUUUUAUUGUUAUUUUGAAACACUAUUAUCGUCAUUCAGUUGUUAUUCAUCAUCAUUAUCUGUAAGUACCAUGUCAUUCACAAAGAAAGUAGAUAUCAAGUUAAAUUUUAUUGUAAUCCCAGCAAUUAUAGUGAAAUAAAUUUGAUAAAUUGGUAUUGAAGAACAAAUGCCAUCUGAUUGAUGAACUGUAAAUUCACAGAUUAUUGAGUUAAUACACAAUGCAGAAAUUUUUUUAGAGGUUCAGCAUGCAAAAGGAAAGCUAGAAUGCAUUCUAAUUGUCAAGAGAAAACCUGAUUUCCCACAUUCGCUUUAUGACUCUAUGAUUAAGCUAACUGACUGCUAUAUUCAUCAUUUUAAUCGUAAACCACUACAUUCGUAAUCAUUGUCAUCAUCAUUGACAUCAUCAUCACCACCAACACCAGAAUGUUAAAUUGUACCAUUAUCAUCUCUUUGCCAUAUCGUCAUGGCCAUCAUUGUGAUCAUUAUCACCAUCAUUACCAUCCACUGUGCUUGGUUUAUUAUCAAUAAAACAGAUCUACAGUAAAAUAAUCAGUAUUUAUGUAAUGCCUAAUGUUUAACAACCUUGAGGCACUUGCCGACUUAAGCCCCUCUCUCACCUAGGUUUAUUUCACCUAAGAGUCGUGCGAUUUCUACGAGUUAAAACUUGUGAUCUUUGG